UGUUUGUUUAUGUUAUUUAUUUUAUGGAAAUAUAAAAAUAGAAAACGUUUGCACUAUCGCAUUCGUAAACCAAAAUUUGGGGUUUUUUGCCUUUAUGAUUUCUUAUUACGUUCUGGUGGACUGUUUGCUCGUUUGUAGUGGUAUCGACUGGUGCCAGUAAAACCGUUUACUGAUUGAAUAUUCACGAUCAUUGCAGACCACGGGUGAAUAACUCACGAUCCGCGUUUUGUUGACUGGAGCCAUGAGGCCGAGAUCAAUACCUAGACGUAUUCGGUCGCUUUCCGCCCCAAGUUUCGUUGAACAAGCCCAGCCACUUUCAGAGAAAUCCCAUACAGGAACGCCGGUGGUACUAGAUGACGCUCUGCAAAGGGGCUCUAGUCCUAUCGUAAUUCGCCAAGUUCAAUCGUGGCCUUCCUACAUCGUCCCUCACGGCGAUCAUUUCCGACCGUCACUUUUCCCGACGAAUGAAAUAUCGACAGAAGAUAGCCAGCGUGAGCAGAGAUUCGCUACACGUGCUGUCGUUAGAGACUAUGGACGGUUACUUCUUGGUCGGGAAACCGGUGGAAUGUUCUAUGCCUCCGAUGUAGACGAGUGUACACGAAUGCAGCUUUUAAGCUGUAAUUCUGCGCAACGGUGGAAUCCUUAUUGGCGAAAUCUGGCUUAUCACAAGAUGGACCUUUUCCACACGAUGAACUACGGUUUUGGGACAGGAGCAUGCUUUAAUAUCAGCUACUCUCCGAAUGGAUCCAUUCUCUUGGCUUCAUACGAAAACGGAUUUAUUGACAUUCUGCACAGCGCCACUGAACGUCUGACACGCAUCCGUUUUGCACAUGCCGAUGGUGUGAACGCAUUCUCGUGGCUGGAUGAACAGCGUUUCAUCAGCUGCUCCGAUGACUGUUGCAUUGCCACCUGGGAUGUUCGCCUGUGCAACAAACCUAUGCAAGUCCUCCAUAUCAACGAUCUGACCCCGACAUCACUCAUCGGAGAACAUUCUCUCGAUGGUGACCAGCCGUGGAUCAAAGACAUGCAUUUGAUCCCGAAGCACAGCAACGGAAAUGGUCAGCGCACACUGCUGGUUACCGCCUUUUCCAAGUUUAUCUAUCGAGUUAGCCUGGAUGAUUCGGAUCUGAUGACACCGUUAGCGCUUUCUUCAGUGAGUGAACCCAUUUUAAGAUCGGCGUAUCUCCCGGAAAAUUCCAGAUACGACGGAAACUUGCUCAUUGCUUCUGUACGUCCCUCGACGAUGACUACGUGUUUUGUCAAGCCGGCUCUGAGGGCCAAAGAACAACGGUACCUUCCGGCUUGGUCAUCCAUUAAUUCAACGAAGAUCCUUGAAGACGGCAAUCGACCGCUCGUCCCUGCUUCGUAUCGUUCCAUGAAGGUGGAUCCUCUUGGUGGGGGAAUUCUGGUGCGGAAAAACAGACUGUGCCGUUGCCGUGACGAAUACUCUUAUACGGCCUAUUAUAAACUGGAGUCUAAUCCCCGGUGUUCUCCGGAAAUUCCGGAUAACGCUGUUAAUAAGUUCUUUAUUCGGGAUAAAGUUUCGGAGGAUUAUUUCCAGGAACCUGCUUUCUCACCUAACGGAUGUUUUGUGGCUUGUCCACAAGUGGCGAAAAUUAGCAUCUUAACGAGCGGUCCAGCGGCAGUGCCGUUCUCCUACUCACCAAUGGGAAGGAAUGCUUCGCAGUUCCAUGUGGCUGCUUUGGUGGAUUUGCCAAAUUGCAGCGAUGUGUUGUGCUGCGACGUCUCUCCAGCGGAUAAUAUUACUGUCGCUUCCGGUUGCUCAAUGGGGCAUGUGCAUUUUGUACAGCCACGAUUUUGAUCUCCCUUUAUUGGUUGUAAAUGCUCUGUCAGUGACGGUGUUCUGUGAAAGCUUUUAUAAUAGAAAUUAUGUCGCUAUAAUAGAAAUUACUUCGUUGUAAAUACUACUUCAGUCUACUUUCAUAGUUUGUUACUGUUUAGAAAUUAUUACUGUAUUUUGGUUUUGUUUAUGUUUUACCACUGCGCUACAGCUGCAAACUGGCAACUACGCAUAAGCUGUGUUUCGGUUAAAAUUAAUGUUUUUAUCUAAGAAUUAAGAGAUUUGCAUCAGACUUUAAGCACUAAGAUAAUUGCAA